AAUUUAUUAAAGCAGCAGCCGGAAAAAAAAAAAAAGAAGAAGAGAGAAACAAAAAAAAAACGCUUAGAAGGAAGAGCAAAGAAGAGACGGACCUGCAGUCUCCCACUGAACGCUUUCGAAUCUUUCUCACCUCUCUCCAAAUCUUCAGUAUAUGGAAGUAGGUAGUAGUCAUCAGAGGUAGCGUUUUUCCCCUAUGCAUCCGAAGAGUCAAGGAGAUGGGUUGGAUACUAAGCCGGUUAGAAGCAGCGAUAGGCUUAGGAGGAGACCCAAAUUGUAUGGCCGCUCUUACUAUUACUACUCCCCCAACUUACAUCAUAACAGGAAAAGAAAAAACACCAAGACGAGAACCGCUGCUUCUCAGAUCGCUAAGAUGCUCCAUAAAGGGAACAAGCCAGCACGGGCAUCCAACGCUACGCCAAUUGCACCCGACCUCCGUCGUUCCACUAGGAAGAGAAGACUUUCUGUAAAUCUUGAAGACUAUACUGACAGUUCUGGAGCGGAGGAUGAAGAUAUGAUGAGUCCCGCAUAUCGAACUUUAAGGAGUAGAGGCAGUAAUGGAGUUCAUCGAAAUUUCUCAUCUUCAAAAAGUAGAAAGGCCAUGGAAACUGAAUCAGCACCACGACGUGAAGGUCUUCGUCCUCGUCGUUCAAAGAUAAUUGCUAAUAAACGACUGAAAACAGAAUCUGGCGCCAAUCAAGAUUCGUCAGAAGAGAAAGAUGGCCCAGAAGAAACCGAGAAUGGAAAUGAACUAGAUGAUCAUGAUGCUGAUGAUGGUGAAGAUGAGGUUGAGGCUGAAGACGAGGGAGAUGGAGAAGAUGAGGAAGAAGAUGGCGAUGAUGAUGAAGAUGGUGAUGAAGAACAGGAGGGAAGGAAGAGAUAUGAUCUGCGAAACCGCGCCGAAGUGCGUAGGAUGCCUACAGAAGAAAUUAACAAGCAACAACAGCCUAGAUCUCCCCGGAGAGUGUUGCAUCAAGGCAUGGGCACCAGGGUUGGAAGGGAUGUUAGGAGAGGUGGGUCUAGGCUUCACAAGCGCCAUCGCUUUACAAGAACAGAUGAUUCUGAUGAUUCUCUUCUUGUUGAUGAGCUGGAUCAGGGCCCUGCAAUUCCCUGGGCUCGAGGUGGAAACAGAUCUGGACCACCUUGGCUAUUUGGGGGUUUGGACACGUACGGAUCAAGUUCAUUGGGGUUGAAUGUUGGAGCUUCUGGUUGGGGUCACCAAAGCGAUGGUUUAACUGCAUUAACUUCCGGGGUUCAGACUGCUGGGCCAAGCUCUAAAGGAGGUGCAGAUAUUCAGCCACUGCAGAUCAAUGACAAUAUUAAUUUUGACGACAUUGGUGGGCUGUCCGAAUACAUUAAUGAUUUGAAGGAAAUGGUUUUCUUUCCGUUGCUGUACCCAGAGUUCUUUGCAAGUUACAACAUUACUCCUCCCAGAGGUGUGCUGCUGUGUGGUCCUCCAGGGACUGGUAAAACACUGAUUGCUCGAGCAUUGGCAUGUGCUGCUUCAAAAGCUGGACAGAAAGUUAGCUUUUAUAUGCGAAAGGGUGCUGAUGUCCUUAGCAAGUGGGUUGGCGAGGCUGAGAGACAACUAAAGCUACUCUUUGAGGAGGCUCAGCGAAAUCAGCCUUCGAUAAUCUUUUUUGAUGAAAUUGAUGGUCUUGCUCCUGUAAGAUCUAGCAAGCAGGAACAAAUACAUAAUUCGAUUGUUUCAACAUUGCUGGCGCUGAUGGAUGGCCUUGAUUCUCGUGGUCAAGUUGUUCUCAUUGGAGCGACAAACAGGGUAGAUGCAAUUGAUGGAGCAUUACGCCGGCCUGGCAGAUUCGACCGAGAGUUCAAUUUUUCUUUACCAGGCUGCGAAGCACGAGCCGAGAUAUUGGAUAUCCACACUCGUAAAUGGAAAAAUCCUCCUAGUCGUGAGCUGAAAGAGGAACUAGCAGCUAGUUGUGUAGGGUAUUGUGGUGCUGAUCUGAAAGCUUUGUGCACUGAAGCUGCCAUUCGUGCUUUUCGUGAGAAAUAUCCACAAGUUUAUACCAGUGAUGAUAAAUUUGCCAUAGAUGUUGGGUUGGUUAAGGUUAACAAGAGCCACUUUGUCGAGGCAAUGUCAGCUAUUACACCUGCUGCCCAUAGAGGGUCUGUUGUGCAGUCAAGACCACUCUCUCCUGUUGUAUUGCCAUGUUUACAUCGACACCUCCUUGGAUCCAUGAGAUUAAUAUCAGAUAUUUUUCCCUCGUCAGCCAUGUCAUCAGAGUUGACCAAGCUGUCAAUGCUUUCAUUUGGAUCCGCAAUUCCUCUCUUUUAUCGUCCUCGACUCCUGCUGCUUGGUGGUGAAGGAGUUGGACUGGAUCAUCUUGGACCUGCUAUCUUGCACGAGCUAGAAAAAUUUCCUAUUCAUUCUCUGGGACUUCCAUCUCUUCUUUCGGAUCCUGGUGCCAAGACCCCGGAGGAGGCGUUAGUACAUAUAUUUAGCGAAGCUAGGAGAACAACACCUUCAAUACUUUACAUACCGAUGUUCAAUAAUUGGUGGGAAAAUGCGCAUGAACAGCUAAGGGCUGUAUUUCUGACUUUGUUAGAAGAACUACCAUCAAACCUGCCCAUAUUAUUACUUGCUACAUCUUAUGGUGAAUUAUCUGACAUUGAAGAGCAGUCUGUAUUUGACAAUCGAUCUGUCUAUACUGUGGACAAACCAUCAGGCGAAGACAGGUCCUUGUUCUUUGACCGUUUGAUUGAAGCUGCUCUCUCAGUCAUUUCAGGCUUAAAUGGCAAACCUGAUGGACCACCCCUUCCAGAACUUCCAAAGCUUCCAAAAGAACCUACUGGUCCAAAACCCGCAGAAAUAAAAGCCAAGGUGGAAGCAGAGCAGCAUGCCCUUCGACGUUUGCGUAUGUGUCUCAGAGACGUUUGCAAUAGGAUACUAUAUGAUAAAAGAUUCAGCGCAUUCCACUUCCCAGUUACUGAUGAGGAUGUUCCAGACUAUCGCACAAUAAUUCAAAAUCCAAUGGAUACGGCAACUCUGCUGCAGCGUGUCGAUGCUGGGCAGUACCUCACAUGUUCACCGUUCUUGCAAGAUGUUGAUCUCAUUGUGAGAAAUGCCAAGGCUUACAAUGGAGAUGAUUACGCUGGAGCGAGAAUUGUCAGUAGAGCCUAUGAGCUUCGGGAUGUAGUGCAUGGGAUGCUUUCGCAGAUGGACCCAGCACUGCUAACAUAUUGUGAUAAGAUCGCAGCUGAAGGUGGUCCUGCACAGAUACCAGAUGAUCUGAGUGGAUCUAUCCUUGGUCUAGCUCCUGUAGUGCAGAUGGGGACUGUUACUAGAGCAAGUGCCCGGCUUCGAAAUGUGCAGCCAGAGGUUAAUAUAGAACGAGAACAUGAAGGUCUUAAGAAGCCUAAGAAAACAGCUGAUGCUGCCUGUACAGAUUCAGCUGCAGAGAAACCAGAACACCAAGAUUCAGACGUAGAAAUGACACCUCUGGAAGCAGCAGCCAAAUCAAACUCAUCAGCGCCGCCGCCUUGUUCAGCAGAAGAUCCGCCUAGAAAAGAGGAUGACGAAGCUUGUGGGGAAGAAGAAGAAGAAGAAGAAGAAGAAGAAGCGAGUGGUGAUUGUUCCCAAGAUUCUGUGAAGUCAGACGAAGACGUCUCAAGAAGCGAGAUAGAAUCUGUAAAGGGAAUGCUGAUGGAGCGUACUGAGAACUACAGCAUUCCGCAGAUGGAGAGGCUCUACACUCGAGUCAUGAAGGGUGUACUUGAGUCUCUGGACAAAGGGCCUGGUGAUGGUGAUGAUGAUCAAAGCCCUAAGCAUUCGAUUUUGAGAUUUUUAUCGGAAUUCGCUCAGCUUCAAGCGAAUUUCUGAGGCUUAAAACUUUUUUUCUUAUAUCGGUUAGAAAUCUUAAGAAAAAGAAUGACAGGAACAAAUAGUUUUUUUUUUCUAACUUUUCUAAACCUGUGGAUUUUUCUUUUUUAAUUUGACUGGCAAAAAAGUUGCAAAGAACAAAAAAGGUAGAAGCUAAUCA